UUUCGCGUCUUCCCCGCCCCGCGCGCAGCGUGCCUUAGCGAGCCCCGGCGGCCGAGCAGUUCAGGCGAGAUGAUGGCAAGCGGCGCUCAGCUGCCCAUUCCCCUGCAGAGCAACGAUGGCUUGCCCCGCUACGAGUACCUGAAGGACGAGCAAGACCUCGGGGGCGGCCACUCCACCGUGAUCCACAUGCAGCGCCAGCAGCUCUACGGGACGCCGCCCCGCGACCACUUUCUCUGGUCUUUCUUCACCACGCUGUACUUCAACUUUUGCUGCCUAGGGUUCAUGGCGCUGGCCUUUUCCGUGAAGGCAAGAGAUCGUAUAGUUCUUGGGGAUUACCAUGGAGCUGGCAGUUAUAGCUCUACUGCCAAAUGUCUGAACAUCUUGGCAAUUACCUUGAGCUUCCUGCUGAUCAUCAUCUUCAUCGUACUGGCAGUGACGGGGAUUCUUACUGCCUCAUAUGGACACUAGCCUCCAUUAAACCUGGCUUCAAAGUGACUUCCUUCCAACAACUUUUAAUCUCCUUUUUGUUUGCUGUGCUUCACAGGCUUCCAUUCUAUAAGUUUAGUUACUGCUAACAUUGGUCUUCACCUUGUCAAAGAACAGCCCUGGUCCUGCAAGUCUACUAUGGCAUUUGCUGUGAUGUCACAUUUGUGUUUCACAAGAUGUCUAUUGCAAGAGUUGUCAGGCUUUUAAGUGUUAUUUCUGGUUUAAGUGUUAGUUCUGUACUCUUUAAAGAAUUAUUUUUACUGAUUGUAUGCUGCCAACACUCACUGCUACUGAAUGCAACCAAUUCAAACAGCCAUGCUGUGGGUUAGGGAAGAUGUUGGGCUUGGUCUUCAUGAAAGCCCAGUGAUGAGAGGCUUCUGUUUCUGAUUCAAAUGUCAAGAUUUUUCACUUGUUAACCAUUUUUACCUAUCUCUUUUGUACCACAAUAUGCCUUGGUACCAAGUGUGAAACCUGAUCUGGUCAGUUUUACAGUACAUUUGUAAAGGGAAGAACCUUGCAAA